ACGAACCUUUUUUAUUAUUCAAAACUCUGCACAGAUUUUCCCACCAAACUCCAUCUUUCUUCUUCCUCAAAACACCUUUAAAUACCCAUUCGAAUCAAAGAUCAUAAUCUCAUCACAAACACAAAGCAACAACAAACACCACAAAAGCAAAAGAAGAAACAAACGCAAGAGUUCUCAAGCAAGCUCAAACAUGGCACUAAUGAAGAAGAGUCUCUCUGCUGCUCUUCUCUCAUCACCACUUCUGAUCAUAUGUCUUAUCGCAUUGCUCGCUGAUCCGUUUUCAGUCGGUGCUCGCCGGUUAUUGGAGGAUCCUAAACCGGAGAUACCAAAAUUGCCUGAGCUACCUAAAUUCGAAGUUCCCAAGUUGCCGGAGUUCCCUAAACCAGAGUUGCCCAAGUUACCCGAAUUUCCAAAGCCUGAGUUGCCAAAGAUCCCGGAGAUUCCAAAGCCAGAGUUACCAAAGGUACCGGAGAUUCCAAAGCCUGAGGAAACUAAACUGCCAGAUAUUCCCAAGCUUGAAUUGCCCAAGUUUCCGGAAAUUCCAAAACCUGAGCUCCCAAAGAUGCCAGAGAUUCCAAAACCUGAGUUACCAAAGGUACCGGAGAUUCAGAAGCCCGAGUUACCAAAAAUGCCGGAGAUUCCAAAGCCUGAAUUACCAAAGUUUCCAGAGAUUCCAAAGCCUGAUUUGCCAAAGUUUCCAGAGAAUUCAAAGCCUGAGGUGCCUAAGCUAAUGGAGACUGAAAAGCCUGAGGCUCCUAAGGUGCCAGAGAUUCCAAAGCCUGAGUUGCCAAAGUUGCCAGAAGUUCCCAAGCUUGAGGCUCCUAAGGUACCAGAGAUCCAGAAGCCGGAGUUGCCCAAAAUGCCGGAGUUACCUAAGAUGCCGGAGAUUCAGAAACCUGAGUUGCCAAAGUUGCCAGAAGUUCCCAAGCUUGAGGCUCCUAAGGUACCGGAGAUCCAGAAGCCGGAGUUGCCCAAAAUGCCGGAGUUACCUAAGAUGCCGGAGAUUCAGAAACCCGAGUUGCCCAAGAUGCCGGAGAUUCAGAAGCCUGAGUUGCCGAAGGUGCCAGAGGUUCCAAAGCCCGAAUUGCCAACGGUUCCAGAGGUUCCAAAGUCUGAGGCUCCUAAGUUUCCAGAGAUUCCAAAGCCUGAACUGCCGAAGAUUCCAGAAGUUCCAAAACCUGAACUGCCCAAGGUUCCAGAAAUUACAAAACCUGCAGUUCCAGAGAUUCCAAAGCCAGAGCUACCGACGAUGCCUCAACUUCCCAAGUUGCCGGAAUUCCCAAAAGUUCCCGGAACUCCUUAAGCGAAGAGAAGGCCCAGCUACUUUGAAGCCCAUCCCACAAUCUUAAAGUACCGUUUUACCGUUAUACCAUUUGUCUAUUUGCAGAGAUGCACUUAUGUCUGUCUACAUCAUUGUUUCCUUAGUAAAAACCAUGUCGUAUGGUUGGUCUCAUAGUCAUAGUUCUUGUUUUUUUUUGGGUAAAGACUAUACACUUAUACUUGUAUAAUUGUAUCCUGUUAUAUUUUGUAUUGUUUGUUUCCAUACAGAUUUCGUUGUAUUUGAUAUACUUUUUAAUUGAUUAUGUUACUUAUUUAAGACAUGUUUCUGUUCAAAAGCUAUACAAUGAGGUCUAAUCCCUCAAUUAUAU